AGCAGCUUUGUGUUUCUAAUUAUGGAUGUUAGAAAAAAGAAGUUUAUUACAGAGGACUAGGCUUUUAAUUACUUUGUAUGUCUCUGUUGUUUUACAGGCAGGAGCUGUUUCACCCUUUGGGAUGGUAGGAAUGGCAGGUGGCUUUAUGGACAUGUUUGGAAUGAUGAACGACAUGAUUGGGAACAUGGAGCAUAUGACAAGUGGCGCCAACUGCCAGACAUUUACCUCCUCAACUGUCAUAUCCUACUCAAAUAUGGGCGAUGGCCCCAAAGUCUAUCAGGAGACCUCAGAAACACGCUCUGCACCUGGUGGGAUCCGGGAGACUAGGCGGACGGUGCGAGACUCGGACAGUGGCCUGGAGCAGAUGUCCAUAGGCCACCACAUUCGGGAACGUGCACACAUCAUGCAGCGGUCACGCAACCAUCGCACAGGUGACCAAGAGGAAAGGCAAGACUACAUCAACUUGGAUGAAAGCGAUGCAGCUGCAUUCGAUGAUGAAUGGAGGCGAGAGACAUCCCGCUUCCGAACGCAGAGAGGACUGGAUUAUCGGCGUCAUGAGGGAAGCAAUGGCCGCAGGGUGGAGGGAACCCGUCUCGCAAUUCAAGGACCAGAGGAGUCUCCCACCAGACAGUCGCGCCGGUAUGACUGGUGAAUCUAGAGCAGACUUAAGGGGGGUGCAAUGCCGUCACCCCCAGAUUCACCUUCAUGCUCUUGUACAGACAGUGAAACUCUGAUGGUGAAGCCCUCACAAAACAUCACUUGGACCUUUUUCCUCAAGAUGAAUACUAGCUUCCUGCCCCUAAGAUUUAAAUUAAGUGACUAACUCUCUCUGCACAGUUGUACUCCUUGCAUAGAGCAGGUGGCCAAGGGGAAUGUGAGGGACCUUGUCCAUGAAUGAGUGACACAUCAAUUUUACUGCUUUUUCCUCUAACUCCUCCCUGCCCUCCCUAGCUCCUCUUCUUAGUGUUUGGGGGGUGGGGGGAGCAGGAGUAAUCUCCCUGAGUUUUUGCCAUCCCGUUUGUACUUCCUGCUCCAGGUUUGACUGGCUCUGGAGUUUGUAUUUAAUCUAACCACCCACCUCAAGCAGCAACCGUGUAAAAAAAAAUCUGUUGACUUGCUAUUACUUUCAAGCACUUGGAAAAUAACCUUUAGUCACCUCUGCUCUCAGCCUGCCUACAUGUCUGCCUGCCCUGGAAAUGGGAUAUGUAUGGAACAGUGCAAGAGAUCAGGUGAGGUGUAGAUAAACCAAACAGGCCCUACCUCUCUGCCCAAUCCAGCUCCCCAUCUUAUAAAAUUUGAUUUUGUGAAACUUGUAACUAGAUGUUUACUGAGCUGAAUAAAGAAAUGAAACCUGCAAAGCAA